UAUGCCUUGUGCUCUAAAACCAGCAGAUGUAGAAAGAGAGGAGAGAGAUGGGUCAGUUAGUCCAGCUCCUUUAUUGAUAUGUUUUGAGUGUGGGUAUACUCCUGUUGGUGUAUUCUGUUGUCUAGUAGUGUAUCUUCUUGAUCAGAAGACAGAUCAAGUAUUGGAAUGGAAGUUAACUGGUAAUGAUCAAUAUCGUAACAGGAUUACCUUUCAAGUUGGUCAAUACUAUGAUACUGUUACCUUAAUCAGUCGUGCUACUUAUCUUGAAGUUUGGGUUCAACAACAAAUGAGUCCUUCACUAAAUGACCUUUGUGAUAAGAUAUUAUCAUCAUUGCACAAAGGACUAGACAUAGUCACACGAUCACUCCAUUACACUUACAAGUCAAAGCAUAUGUUUGGAGUACCAUGUACAUGUACUGGAGUACCUCAUCCUGCUGUAAUAGAGUAUUGUUCAGAAGGAGCUAAGUGUACUAAUGGUAAUGUAAUGCAACUUGAUGAGAAACAUUUGUACUGGUCUAAAAAGGUUGUUGAACUAACAACACUGAUCCCACCUCUAGCUAAGUCACUGUCACAUGAUGAUGAUGUAGCCACUACAGUUUCUGAAGGCAAAAGGAAUGCAGAAAACAUCUUUCGUCAUCAUUCAUUUAAUAUUUCCAAGUCAAUUGCUAACAACAUAACUCGUGUUAUUGAUCAAUUGUGGGCAUCCGAACUAAUAAGUGGUAAUAUAAAAGAUAGCCUCUCCACUGUACUUGGAAUAGACAACUACAACAAAGCCAGCAGGGUUAUGGGUAACAUUAAUAAUAUUCUCCAGACCCAUCAAAAUCCCACUGAGUAUCUUACUGAAGUGUGUCAUGCAUUGUUCCUUAUAGACAAUGAACCACUCAAGCUCAUUCUUAUUAAUAUAUUAAAGGAGUUAGGAAAACUACCACCUCAAGACAGCAGACAGGAUAGUAGUAAAAGCUCCUCUUUACAUAAAAGACCAAUAGCAGCACAAGAAGACAUGUCUGCCAGCAAGAGGUUUCAGAUAGACUCUGAAGAUCCUUAUGACAGCAGUAGAAAUACUUCUGAUGAUGGACAGUUCUCUGGUAGUGGCAUUUUACAAAAUGAAAACAGGGGACAAAAGAGACAGAGAGAAGAAGGUAGUUCUCCUGGAGAUUUUACUACAAUAAAAAAGUCAACAGCUCAAACCCCAGAAGUCAUCAGUUUGUUGUCUGAUGAUGAUGAUGUCCUAAUACUUGAUCCUCCUCCUCCUUCAGAUAAAGGAUAUGGUAAAAGAUCAACUGGAAAUAAACCACACAGAAGAAAAACUGGCUCCAACAAAUAAUGUACUGAAUGUUAACCCUCUUGUCACUUAUUUUACUUAUUUUUUAUACACAAUCACUUAACAUUCAUUUUUUGUUUAUAAAUGAUAAAACCAUACAAAUUUGACAUUAAAAAUAUUAAAUAGAAAUCAUUAUAAUUAUAAUAGUCAUUUUACAAAUCAUUUCUUGAAGGAGAAACAAUCUAAAACA